AUGGACACCGAGCAGAAGAAAAUCAUACUUGAUUGGCUCGAUGGAUACCGAACGGCUGAAGAGGAAGUUUGGCACACGCCAUACUUCGAAUUCAUCGAGAGAGAUCUUCUUUCGAAAACUAAAACAAGAGAAUACCAGGACCUCUUCAAAUGCCUUCAACUCACAUCUCAAGCUGUCAAUUUGCUCCUGAGGAAAGCGCAGCCUACAGAUGGCAACCUUGACCUUUCAAGAGCGACAGAAGCGGAUAUUCUCAUCAAGCUGAAGGAAAUAACUGAGAAUCGAGAGGAACCCUCGGAUUUGAAAAGCGCUAUACAUCGCGCUGUUCGUUUGGCAUUCCGUGUAAGCUCCGUCUGCCCAGGGGAAGAUCGAACCGCUCAGGUAUCCCCAGCCUGGCCAGACGACAAAAGCGUUGGGGAGUAUAUUCGCAGUACUUUCGACGCAGGCAGGAUCGGCACAUCUAACGAACUGUUGUCUCUCAUAGAGCCUGAGGACUCCGAGAUCGCUGCGGUACAAGCACGUCUCACACACCGCCUGACUGCUGUCAACAUUAAGAAGCACACUCGCAUCGAGAUUACCGAGACCAAGUAUCUGCCAUGGCACCUGAAAUUCGACGCAACAUCCGAUUACACCGUCUUAUACGUGUUCAAAGAUAUGAGAUGGCUGUUGGAUGCAUUGGAGAUGAAAGACUUCCUCGUUCCCCGGGAGAUCAUCCAAGAGACCAUCGCCUCACUCAACUACCUCUACCCUCGCGGCGAAAGGGAAACGUUCAAGUUGCUCGACCAGGAAGGGGUGAACUUGCACAAGUUCAAGCAGCCGUUCCCAGAUAGGCCGCGACUCCGAGACUUCAGAUACUACCGCGCCCGUCUUGUAGACGUUGCAUACGAGUUCCUCAAUCCGCCCAGAAGAUGGCGAACAAUUUGGAAAGACAGACGGAACCCCAUGCAAUUCUGGACCUUCUGGCUUGGCCUCUUGAUUUUCUUCUUCACCCUGGGUUUCGGUGUUGCAGCCACGGUCUUAGCUGUCCUGCAGCUAGACGUAGCACGACACCCACCGAAGAGUGAAUGA